AUGGAGAAUCUGCUGGUAAAUAUAAAAGAUAUCGAACCGGAUAGUAUAAUAAGGAGCGCCGGUGAGUAUAAAGAAGAUAAAUGUAAGGAUAAAGUAAACUUAUCCAUAGGUGUAUGUUGCACAGAAGAAGGUGAGUUGCAUAUAUUUAAAAGUGUGUUAGAUGCAGAAAAAAUAGUAUUCGAAAAGUAUAAAGAAAAACCAUAUCUAUUAGGUAAUGGUACAAAAGAAUUUUCAACAUUAACGCAAGAAUUAAUAUUUGGAAAUGAUUCAAAAUAUAUUAAAGAGAAAAGAAUAUGUACGAUUCAAACAAUAGGAGGUACAGGAGCUAUAUUUAUAAUAUUACAAUUUUUAAAAAGUUUGAAUGCUGAUAAAAUAUAUGUAACAAAUAUUCCUUAUAUAAAUCAUGUAAAUAUGAUAAAGUCAUACGGAUUUAAUAUUGAGUAUAUACACUUUUUUGACUAUAAAGUAAUAGAUAUAGAUUAUACUUCCUUUUUAACAAAUCUACGUAAUAUAGAAAAUAAAUCAAUUAUUAUCUUACAAAUUUCUUGUUAUAAUCCAUGUAGUGUAAAUGUUGAUAUAAAUUAUUUUAACCAAAUAGCAGAGAUCGUUUUAGAAAAAAGCCAUUUAAUAAUAUUCGACAUUGCAUAUCAAGGUUUUGGUGGUUCGGAUAUGAAUGAGGAUGUAUUAUUAAUUCGAGAAUUUCAAGAGAGAGAAAUUUCUUUUGCUGUUUGUCAGUCUUUUUCUAAAAACAUGUCUUUAUAUGGUGAACGUGCAGGCGCAUUACAUAUCGUUUGUAAAAAUAAAUCAGAGAGACAAAUUGUUUUUAAUAAUUUACGUAUGAUAGUUAGAAGAUAUUAUUCUUCUCCUGUUAUUCAUACGAAUAGAAUUGUAUGUGAACUUUUACAAAAUCAAAAAUUAAAAUAUGAAUGGAUAAAAGAAUUACGUAAAUUAUCUGAACGGAUUACUACGAAUAGACUUUUAUUCUUAGACAAACUAACCUUCUAUCAAAAGAAAUAUAAUUUAAAUUAUGACUGGGAGGUAUAUAAAAAACAGAGGGGCAUGUUUUCCUUCAUCCCACUGCUCGCCAAUAUAUCUGAUAAGUUAAAACAAUAUCACAUCUACAUAAUAGCAAAUGGUAGAAUAAACGUGUCUGGCGUUACUAAGCGCAAUGUGGACCUCAUAGCCGAAAGGAUAUGUCAAUGCUUGAGCGAACUAUAG